AACGUCAUAUUUGCUGUUUGUCUGUAUGCGGUUUCUGAUUGCUAGCGUCUGUUUCAAGUAAAAUGAUGCCGCUGCCGACAAGUAAUUAAAACUCGUAUAUUAAAAUAGAUUUUAAGAGCAAACGCGCAUUUAUCGUCUCAGAACGUUCUGCGCUGUAGUGGUGAACAAACGUAUGGAAUAAAGUGCUGUGCUGAUUUUUAAACUUCAUACUAGUAAAAUCAUUGUAGAGCAUCGUUGCGUUUAGCUUAAAGAUGUGCAAAUUCGCCGUUUAUACAUUGCUGUACGCGCUGUGCUCCUAUUAUUGUAGCGCAGUUGCGACACCGGAAACCGGCAAGCCAUCGCCGACGCAAACUGUGCCAAGCCUCGAUGAACUGUAUGAAUUGCUGCCGUCCGAUUUGGGCGAUGAGCCACCCACUGUGGUGGUGGCGCUUUUGGUACGCAAUAAGGCACACAUCCUACCGUUGUUCCUGACUUACUUCGAGAGGCUUAACUAUCCAAAAGAGCAAAUCGCAUUGUGGAUACGUUCAGAUCACAAUAACGACGCGAGCACUGAAUUGCUGCAGCUAUGGCUUAAUCACACUGCUGCGCUGUAUCACAGUGUCGAUUUCGUGCAUGACGACAGUGUGCAACGUCAUCAAAAUGAAAGUACACCGAACGAUUGGCCGGCUGAACGUUUUCACUAUCUCAUAAACUUGAAAGAAACAGCACUGAUUUAUGCUAAGAAGAUCUGGGCUGAUUACAUAUUUUUCCUUGAUGCGGAUGUGUUAUUGACACACGCUGACACACUAACGCAUUUGACUAGUCUACGUUUACCCAUCGUUGCGCCAAUGCUACUCUCCGAAGGAUUGUACUCCAACUUUUGGUGUGGCAUGACACCCGAUUAUUACUAUCAACGCACUGACGAAUAUAAGGAAAUCUACAAUGUGAAUAAGGAAGGUGUUUUCCCUGUACCAAUGGUACACAGCGCUGUGCUGAUAAGAGUGAACUAUCAGGGCAUGCGUUAUCUAACAUUUAGUCGUGAACGGCUUCUUGAGCAACAACAAAACGAUGUCGAAUGGGCUGCACAUGAAGGGUUCACGCCAUGCCGACCAUACGAUGGCCCCGUUGAUGAUAUUAUUGUUUUGGCUACAUCGGCGAAUUGUUCGCGUAUACCCAUGUUUAUUAGUAAUAAACUACCAUCUGGAUAUUUAAUGCAACCGCUGGAAGUAAAUGAUGGUUUGGAACAGGAUGUGCAACAAUUGAUUAAUAUACGCGCAAAUAUCGUGCAUGAUCAAGGUGAAGUGGCGCCAGUCAAUGAAUAUUUCGAGAAAUACGUCAGUUAUCCGAACAAAACCAAACUCACACUGGAUCACAUUUACAUGAUAAAUCUUGAAAGACGUCCAGAGCGACGCGCCAAAAUGGAGAAGCUCUUCAAUGAGAUAGGCUUAGAUGUAGAAUACUUUGCUGCCGUUGAUGGAAAAAAUUUAACUAUUGAGCAACUGGAAGAGCAGGGUAUUAAAUUCUUACCUGGUUAUGAGGAUCCUUAUCAUCAUCGUCAAAUGACAAUGGGUGAAAUCGGCUGCUUCUUGAGUCACUAUCGCAUUUGGGAAAAAAUCGUUGAGCAAGAACAAAAUGAAGUGCUUAUACUAGAGGAUGACGUACGCUUCCAGCCAUACUUCAAAGAUAGCGCGCUACGUGUGCUCUCGCAAAUACGCAGCGUUGUUGAAUAUGAUUUGGUUUACUUUGGUCGCAAACGUUUGAAGGAGGAAAAGGAACCUUGGGUACAAGGCGCUGAUAAUCUGGUGCAUGCUGGUUACUCCUACUGGACUUUGGGCUAUGUUAUAUCACUGCAAGGCGCACGCAAGCUGCUUGCCGCAAAACCGUUGGAGAAACUGCUGCCAGUCGAUGAAUUUCUACCGAUUAUGUUCAAUCGUCAUCCGAACGAAACUUGGAGCUCACACUUCCCACAACGUGAUUUGUUAGCCUUCAGCGCUGCGCCGCUCAUACUUUUCCCCUUACAAUAUACCGGCGAAUUGGGUUACAUUUCAGACACAGAAGACUCAGAGGUGACCUCAGCCGUGAACAGUGAUGUUAAUGUGCAUUUGAAGAGCGAUCGUGAAUUGGAAUUUACAUAUGUAGAACCGAAGCAGGUUGUAACGCCAAAGCAAGCAGAAGAUGAAUUAUACGUGGAUUUGGUGAAAGAUAGCGAUGGUAGCAGUACAUUCAAGCAGAACUUGCAUUUAUCCAAAAGUCAUGAAGAUCUUUGAAUUCGCAGCAUUGCUUUAAACAAUUAAGUUUCCAUUAUUAUUAGUAGAACUGCCACUUAAAUUGCCAUUGCUAUAUACUAAUGUAUAUGUAUAUAUCAUUUUAUAUGUUUGUAUGCAUCUGUGUGCAUGCACAUCCUUUCAAAGUGCCUUAAUAGUUGUAAAAUUUAAAACACGAAGAAAAAUCCUACAAUCCUUAUAGUUAUAGUUGUAUCCUAUAUAUAUGCCAUUUAUACGCGUAGCUGUGUACUAACUCGAAUACUAAUGUUAAUUUUUCCACCAAAUACUCGACAAAUUAAUUAAUAAUAUACAUUUUCAAGCAGACAUAGUGAACUUGUUUGGCGCGUUAUUGAGUUUAUGUUGCUCAUCAAUUAGCAAAUGUACGACGUAACAACAUGCAAAACACUUAACUUAAAUGAGAAACUUAUGAAAUAUGAAUAUAUAAUUUUCCUAUUUCAUGUGAAGCAGCACGUGCGUCUUAGCGGUUUUGAAACGGGUUCAUAGCUGUUACGUUGAGUGCUUGUGUCUGGCCGGUAGAUGUUUGAAAACAGGUUCACUUAACAUGCUAUUAAUGAAACAUAAAAUAUACUAAUAAGUUGUUCAUUAAUGCUUUUGUUGUUGUAUUAAUUUAAUAGUUUUGAAGCUCAUGUGUUUUAAUGCUUAAAAUUUUAUGUGUCUUAUAUUUGCUGUGUCGCUUUUGAUUUCGAAUAUUUAAAGGUUUAUAAAAAUACUGUUAGCUAUUUAAAAAAAUAUGUAAAUGUCAAUCAUCUUUUAUUGGUCAAAAAGCCAAAGCUAUUUUAUACCAAAAAGUGUAUGCACCAAAUUUUUCAAAAUAAAACAAGUAAUAAAUAAAAAUCUUA